UGAUACGUUUUCUUUUCUCAGUACGACUUACCUGACGUUUAACUUGGACGUGUCUAUUUUAAUUGGUCAGGCCACGCUAACUUGAAAUGUAGACAUAAAGCCUAGGCUUUAAAUAGGGAUUAUACAUGGAUAAACUCAGUGCUUUAAAAUGGUGCAUCGCUAAAAUGUUCUCAUCCAAAAGAAUACCCCAAGUGACAGAUGGAAUUAUUGAGAGCUAGCGUUGUUUACGUUGUCAGACUCUGUUAAAAUAGUUUAACACUUACUAGUAACGUUAGUAAACAGCUACUAGUUAGUGUUAUCUGUAGCUCAUAUGUAGUUGUUCUGAUUUGCGGUUGCUUGCUUAGUGUCUUGCCUUUACGUAGGUGAAUAUUAAUAAAUUCACCUCCUCACUCUGCAUAGCUUUGUGUUAGCCGGGAAGCUAGCUGAGCUGAUGACGAUGUAAAAAUGGCGGAUCUUUCGAAAUCCAACCCCGGCCUGAAAUAGUAACGAAGCCAACAAACAGCUUGUCGCUUUCUCACUCUUUGCCCCAGCUGGGACCACUGCUGGAGAUGUUUUUACAUGAAUUAAUGUUGCUCCGUGUUGUUUGCGCUUGUCUGUUUCAUCCGAGGACGUGAAAAUAUUUGGAGCAGUGAGUUGAGUAAUUGAGGGACCGCUGAGACUCUGCAGUCAUGGACGUGGUGUCACCAGAGCUCAACAGCCUCCUUCCUGAUGAGAUCAUGGAUACUGAGGCUAUAGAAGACAUUCCUCACUCCCAGUCUGAUGGCACCACUGUGCAGUCAGAGCCCGAUGAGGACACAUCAGUUCCAAUGGAAACGGACACACCUGUAGCUUCUGAAAGUGGCUUCUGUUCAGAUGCCACUUCAGCAGCGCAGAGUCUGAUCACCUCCACAGACUCCACGCUGAGCAUCAGCUCUGGAAAUCCGAUUCCUAUCUCCAUUUCUAGUUUGUCAUCACCCCUUCUCACCCUCAAACCAUGUCUGGCCACCUCAACAGCCACCACCAAGACUACAGAUAGUGUAACUGGGACUAGUAUCACUACAAGUGGUUUGCAAAAGCUCAGUGCUCCCUUCACCAUCUCUGCUGCAAACCACCAGAUCAUUCUCAACAAAGUGGCCUCAUCACAGGCCACUGAAGCAGCAAAGUCUGCAGGAUCUCCCCAAGUCAUUAAGCAGGAGGGACAGAAAUUGUUGGUUACAGCUAUAGGGAAGUCGGGGCAGCCUAUUGUGUUGCAGUUGCCACACACCGGCAGUAAGGCUGGGGUUGCCCAGACUUCAGGAGAUACCAAGUCCCAAACCCCACAGUUUAAAGUGGUGACUAUUGGGGGACGAUCGGAGCUCAAGCCAGUGGUGGGAAGUAGUACCAACCAGGUGACGACACUGCAGGCCCAGCAGCUGAAGACUGUACAGAUCGCUAAAAAAACACCAGCAUCCUCAGCAGCACCGAUCAAGUUUAUCAUCACAAAAACUGUUAACAGCAAAGGUCUCAGCCCUCAGUCAUCAGUGUCACCUGUUAUUGCAGGACGGGUCCUCACACAGAAUUCCCCAGUGAUGCCUGCAAGGACCAUUACUCUGACUGAACCCCAUAACACUAGUAUUCAAAGCAUACCUGGAAAAAAGAUUGCAAUUUCACCCCUUAAGACUCCCAGUAAGGUGACUGUGGUAUCUGUGGCGUCUCCAACCCCUAGUGCCCCACAGAAGUCCGUCACACUGCCUGUGAAUGUAGCACUUGGCCAGCAGAUCCUCACAGUCCAGCAGUCCACAUCAGCCUCGCCCGUCAAAGUGGCCACCAGCCAAACCACAGCACAGAAUAUUAAACCAGUGCAGUCCGUGACAGUGGGAGGUGUCAGUGGCUCCCAGUUCAAGACCAUCAUCCCACUGGCCACCCAGCCGAAUGUACAGCAGAUUCAGGUGCCAGGUAGCAGGUUCCACUACGUUCGCCUUGUCACAGCUACAACAGCAAGCAGCACAGGACAGCCCAGUGGUCCCAGUACGAGCUCCAUACCAACAGCUAAGCCGAUGGUCGUCAGUACAGGAGCAGUAAGGAUGUCGGUCCCAAUUGUCCCAGCACAGACCAUGAAACAGGUGGCACCGAAGCCUUUGACAUCAACAGCCCAGGUGGUGACCGCCACUCAGACGCAGCAACGCCUAAUCAUGCCUGCAACGCCACUACCACAGAUCCAGCCCAACUUCACCAACCUCCCUCCAGGCACCGUCCUGGCACCAGCUCCAGGAGCCGGGAAUGUGGGCUACGCAGUCGUGCCAGCACAAUAUGUCACACAGCUCCAGCAGCCACCUUUUGUGACGCUUGCCAGCAGCUCUGGUUUCCAAGCAUCCGCUGGCAUCCAGACUCAGGCCAGACUUCCACUCAAUGGCUUGUCAACAGCUGAGACGACGUCCAGACCGCGAAAACCCUGCAACUGCACCAAGUCACAGUGUCUCAAACUAUAUUGUGACUGCUUUGCAAACGGAGAAUUCUGCAAUAACUGUAACUGCAAUAACUGUUUCAAUAACCUGGAGCAUGAGACAGAGCGACUCAAAGCUAUAAAGACGUGUUUGGACCGGAAUCCAGAGGCCUUCAAACCUAAAAUUGGUAAAGGUAAAGAGGGUGAGUCAGACCGUCGACACAGCAAAGGCUGCAACUGUAAACGAUCAGGAUGCCUGAAGAACUACUGCGAAUGCUACGAGGCAAAGAUCAUGUGCUCGUCCAUUUGUAAAUGCAUUGGCUGUAAAAACUUUGAGGAAAGUCCAGAGAGGAAGACCCUCAUGCAUUUAGCUGACGCAGCAGAAGUUCGAGUGCAGCAGCAAACUGCAGCCAAGACCAAACUGUCAUCACAGAUCUCAGACCUGCUCAUGAGAACAACACCCGUCAUUUCCAGUGGAGGCGGAAGAUUACCAUAUACGUUUGUAACAAAGGAAGUACUGGAAGCGACGUGUGAGUGUCUGCUGGAACAGGCCAAACGGGCAGAACAGACUCAUCAGCCUCAGGCAGAGGCAGAGCGGAUGAUCCUGGAGGAGUUUGGACACUGCCUCAUGAGGAUUAUCAGCUCGGCGGGGAAAGCCAAAGUAGACUGUGCCUCCAUCAACUGCUAGGCCAAGCACUGUGACUCUGUCCACCGUCUGACCUGGCCCAGCUGUGGGGGCUGAGGGCCGUGGACCCAUGUGCACUGUCCCGGGCCCCUGGGGCUUCUCACGUUGUCUCCCUCAUCAAAAGGAAGAACAAUGGCCCCAGACUACAUGGCUUCCCUAGUAUUGAGUUUGCUAAAGCCAGCUGGAAUAACAGACGCGGAGCAGUCAUUUGUACUGUUCACCUGGUUUGUAAGCAAGUAAUUGAAGGACAAAUAGACCCAGCAAGUUGCCUUCACAUGACGUUAUCACAGUUGUUCACCUUGGCUGUGGUGAGCAAAAAUGACUCCAGUGCUGAACAGAUUUAGGGGUAAAUUUAAUCUUACAUUUUUCUUUUUCUCCACGUUCUUUGUCCUACAAGACGCUGGCAAAUCAGUUUCUCCAAACUUUUGUUCUUCCAUUUUAUUCUGUUUUCCUUUAUUAUUUCCCAUUUCAAGGUUUUUCCAAAAAGUUGCCUGUAAUUUUUAUGUAAUCAGUAUAUUUGUGCUUAUAGUAGACAAACAGAACACGUAUCUUUUGAUAUUUAUUUUGACAAAUAUUUGUAACCAUUAUGAGCGCUAAUAUUGUGUGGCUUAUAGUGCUGCAAAUUGUUAAUUAUUGACUAAGCCUAGGCUAAAUUGUUUGAAAGAGAAUGAGUAGAGGCAAUGUUUGGUUUUAUCCGAAAGGAAAUUGUAAAUCAGUGCACACCUAUAGUGGUUUAUGCCCACACACACACACACACACACACACACACACAGAGAAGUGUUCAGAACAUUUGGAACAAGGGUGGAUUGGCAGAGGUAUAAGGUUUGGGGUGGGGAAUAUUUUGUGGUGCUGAAGCCUAGUUCCUAGUUAUCAGUUUUAUUUGUCACAUGCUUAUAAAGGCCAUGAUUUCACAAGUAAAUCAGAAAUUUACCAUGGAUCAUUCAGUGAUGUUCUGGUUACUUGUUCCUAAUAAUCAGCAAAUUUAGGAAACACAAACGCAGAGAGCAAAUUAUACCCAACCAAUCAUGGCUGGUUUGGUGUCACUGGAGCACAAAUCGGGAGUCGAGUGUUUUUAUGUGUCACUGCAGAAAAAGCACAGCAGCAAAUAUUACACCUUAACCAAUGACUGCAUUCAUCUUACACUGCAGGACAAAAACAUUUAAGAAGACAUAAGAUAAUGUAGGACAGAUGGUCAUCACUCCUUUUGCGAGUGAUCAAAUUUGUGUCCAGACAUGAGCUGCAACAAUUAAUUCUUAACUAUAAAAGGUUCAUCGUGUCACAUUUAGUGGUGCCUUUGCAAAUCACAAAAAACUUGGAAAAUAGAGCCACAUUUCUCCAUUUAGUAGGUAUGUUGCUGCACUGGUGACAUAAGUUCAUGUUUUCGUGUUUAUUCCUUUUUUAUUGACAACCCCCCCCCCCCCCCCCCCAAAGAACCAGCAGAUUAUUUGUUUUGUUAUCUGUUCAGACAUUAACUCCAUGUUGUUCUUCAUAGCACUUUUCUAGCUGCAACAUUACAUGUAACAUGGAAGACACAAAUCCAAAUAGACUGGAGUAACAUUUCCAAAUAUCUCCAAUUGUGAUUAGGAUGAACUUCAAUCUUGACCAGAUUGUGAUUUUAAAAAGCAAUCUGGAUGAGUAAAAAGUCCAUUUUGUUUGCAGGUCUGAACAAAGCCGUUGAAUUGUUCAGAGUCCUUGUAAUGUGUGUUCCUGGGUAUUCUACUGUGCAUUCACCUACUGUAUAUCAAACCAACACCUCAUCAGCAAUAUUAGUUUCUGUGCUUUUCUGCUUUGAAUGUACUUUGUGAAAAAAGGCUUUUUAUUUGGUAGAUUUUCCAAAGUCAUGACUGAAUCAAAUCAUCCAUCAUUAUGCUGUUAAGGUAAAAUAUUCUCUAUAUAAAUUAUAAAUGUGGUCUUUCAGACACCAAUGAUAUGUGAGUGGAGGACAUAAAACUCAUAUAAUGAGCUCCAAUGUUUUUCCUCACUUGCCCACUACCUGUUUCCCCUCUUUUGAAAACUACAAAUCUUGUUGUUUGACAGUCCAGUUUUGCUUAAAAGCAUUUCAUCAUGGGGACAGAUGGAAAUGGAUCAUUCCCAGAAUAGUGAUACAAAGUAUGCAAAAUAUAGAUCAAAUCUACAGUCUUAAAAUGGAGCAUUUGUUUUCUCUUUUGUAUCUGUAAAUUCACCAUAAAGCUUAGCUCAUCUAGUCGUUUGUCUGCACAAAACAAUGUUUUUCCACAUUUAGUUGGAGUUAAAGGUUGCAACAUUAAAAGAAAUCACAAGCACAAUGGCCCCGUUAAGUCACAGCUGGUUAAUUUUUCUGUUAUGAGAUAUCAUGUAUCAAUGCAGUUAAUCUCUUUUAAACUAAUUUAUUUUUAAUGCUCUUGUUAGUACCUCACAUGAUGUAAUCCAGCCGUACAACCUCUUCAGAGUGUUGGAUGUAGGGCUAGCAGUGGGUUGGCAUUCAUCAUUGUGGCUGUAGCUAAAUGCGAUGUCUCACUUGACCUCCCAUCCUGACUUAAUUAAACUGUAUCACAGUUUUUAAGAUCAACACUUGUCCAGAUGCUUCUUCUGACUCAACGUUAAUUACUUUUAACUGCCUGCACUUCCCUGGUACGUUAGUUUGGGGAUAGUAAUGAAGAUGUUAAAGGGUUGCUAAAUAUUCUACUUGACUUUGUAAGGUGUAUAUUUUGUUCAGCUGCAGCUGGUAACACUUUCCUGGUAACUCCUUAAUCCAGGCUCACCGACCCCUUGAUACUUGAGUUGAAUUAAUACCAUGAUCUACAGCUUCUCCUGUUUCUAAUCUCUGCUGUCUCUCGUUGGAUCUAUAACAGAUACAAACGGAAAGACAACAAAAUCCUGACUUCAGCCGCAACCUGAUUAACUACCCUGUUAUUAAGAUGACUGUCUUACCGUUCAUAUAAUACAGUACGCACAGCGUCAGAGUAGCCUUGCACAAACCUUCAGUACAGAGAUCUGUUUUGUACUGUCUUUCAUCACAUUUACUUUUGUGAGCAUGUAUAAAGUUGAUUUAAAAUUUAAAUCCUGUAAAAAGAUAAAAUUGCAGAUUUGUAAAAUAAAUCAAGCUUUAGUAAUGAGAA